AUGGUGAGGAUUCAGAAAGUAGAAUCGUUCUACGCGAAGCUUCGUGAGUCAGCUACUUCAUGAUCUUCACAGAAUCCACUUUUUGAUAUUCCUUCAACAUCUGAUGUUGAUUCACUUUGUGCGCUUAAGGUUAUUACUCAUAUCCUCGAAUCAGAUUCGAUUCAGUAUUCUUGUUUCCCUGUAUCGUCUUUUUUGGAGAUUCACAAGUAUGCUGGUCCUGCUGGUUUGUGUUCUACUUCGUCUGAGUCUCCUCCUGUUACUAUACUGUUGAUUAAUUGGGGUUGUCACCGUGAUUUGAAGCUCGUGUUGAAGUUAGGUCCCGCGGCUCGUGUUUUUGUUGUUGAUAGUCAUAGGCCUAUUCAUUUGCAUAAUCUUAGUGAUUAUAAUGAGCAAGUUGUUGUUCUUCAUACUGAUGAUGAUGAGAGGCAAGCUGAUUUGGCUUAUGAUUUCGAUGUGUUGAAAUUGGCGAACGAGAGCUUUCAGUUACAUGUAGAAGAAGGGGGUGAAUCUGAUGAGGAGGAGGAAGAAGAUGAGGAAGAGGAAGAUGAGGAUGAUGAUGAUGAUGAUGGAGAUGGUGAUAGGCCAAGUAAGAGGAGAAAAAUGGGAGAUGGUGUGAAGGUUUUCAAGAAGUUAAAGAGGGAUUAUUACAAGAUGGGGACUUUUCAUGGGAAGCCAUCGGGAUGUUUGUUGUUUGAGCUAUCUCAUAUGUUGAGGAAGAACACAAAUGAGUUGUUGUGGCUGGCUUGUGUUGCUUUGACUGAUCAGUUUGUUCAUGAGAGGUUGACUGAUGAAAGAUACCAAGCUGCGGUUAUGGAGCUUGAACAACACAUCAAUAGCUCAGGGAAUAUAGAUAAGAUCACUUCUGUUACUUUGAAAGAUGGAACCAAGGUUCGAGCACCUGACUGUUCGAGAAUCUCUUAUGAAGAAGAGCCUAGGCUUAUGCUUCUCAGGGAGUGGACGUUGUUUGACUCUAUGCUUUGUUCUUCAUACAUUGCGACUAAGUUGAAGACAUGGAGCGAUAACGGCAUCAAGAAACUUAAGCUUCUUCUAGCACGUAUGGGAUUUGCGCUUAUCGAGUGCCAGCAAAAGUUUCCAUACAUGAGCCAUGAGGUGAAAAGGAAAAUGAAGCAAGAGUUUGAUCGGUUUUUGCCAGAAUAUGGGCUUAAUGAUUUCUACUACCGGAGUUUCUUGAGGCUUCAUGGUUAUAGCUCAAGGGUCUCUGCUGCAGAUGUUGUGUAUGGUAUUACAGCACUUCUUGAAUCAUUUCUUGGAUCAGGUGGCUCCUCUGCUUCAAAACAGUUUGGCGAAGCUUAUGAUGCUCUGUCUUUGAACAAUUUGGAUAAACUUCGGUCUGGGAUGCAACAAGCAAUCAAGGUUCAACGAGCAAUUCUUAGACAAGGAAGUGCAGCAAUCACCAAAACUGGAUGCAUCCGAAGUGGUAGGAAAUUCAGAUGGGUAAAGAUUGAAGAUUCCAUG